CGGGUCCACGAGCGGUGCUGCGCGCGCCGGCCCCUCUCCCACACCUCUCCCCCGCUGCUCGGGGCAGGCGGCCGCUUCUCCCCCCGCGGAGAUGUCCGGCGGCGGCCGGAGGAGGGGCGGCUCCUCCUGGCCCAGCUUCUCCCGGUUCUUCACUCCUCGCAGCCCUUCUCGGGACAAGGAGGAGGAAGAGGAGGAGAAGCCUGCAGCGAUCCAGCCCCCAACUGGAGGAGCUCCCAGUCCUGCAAAAGAGCCUGUCAUUAUAAGUCAGAAAAAGGAAAAUGCAUCUUCAACAGAGCCAGUAAAGAUUUCCCAAAGUGAGGACAGUAGGAGCCAUUCUGAGAAACCAGCUAAUCUUUCACCAGAAGAAGACACAAAAAAACUAGAUGACUUUACCAGUUUAUCCUCAGAUUCUAAGACUCUAGACAUUGAUAAACAGCCCAAAGAAGGCUUUCUCCAAUUCCUUGGUAACUUAUUUAAUAUCUCAGCAAAAUCCCUCCAGCAACUACCCCUCAAAGGUGAACAUGAAAAAACUGAAAAGGAUUCACAAAAUCUCAUUGUUCUUCAUAAAGAAAAGUUUAAAAAGGAAAAUGAUAUAUAUUACAGUCCUCCUCUGGAAGAGCUAAGUCCAACAAUUGAAAAAAAAGGCCUGCCCACUUCAACUGAUAUGUCAGAUGUUACUUCAGAAGAUAUAAGAGAAGAUAGUGAGCAAGAAAGCAAUGAAUUGCUAAAAAACGUAGAAUGUGAACCUGAGAUACCUUCAACUACAUAUUCAACUUACCGAGGUCCCAGACAAAUUUUGAAAAUUAUAAGAAAACAGACCAAAUUAGAGACUUCAACUUCUGCACAAAAAGCAGAUGAAACUUCUGAUUCUAGUACAAGUACUCAAACUGGAAAUGAAAGUGAGUCUGAGGCUGUUCUCUCUCCAAAUUCACCUAUCAACUACGAGGCAGAUCUACUCAAAAGCUCUUUAAAACAUGUGAUUUUAAAUAAUAGUAAUUAUAAAGAAUGUAAGAGAAGCGGGCCCUCAUCAUCUACUGAAAGUAGCUCAAGUUCUAUAGUUGAGUCCUGUUAUAAACAUCCUUUAAAUUGUGUACCUGUUUAUAAAAUAGACAAUAUAAUAGGAUCAGUGUUAAUAGAAAAUGAUACCAAAGACCCUAGAAAUCCUGCUUUUCAGAGGUGUGUGAAUCCAAAAAUCACUUUAGAGAACAACUUUUUGAAGAAUGGUAGAGCAUCAGAGCAAAGAGGAGAGUAUUUUCAGCACAUGAAUGAAGAAAACAGACCAGUUAUUCAGGACUUACAGAUAAAUAUGCAAGUUAAAGAAAGGACAAAGGCAAAAGAAAUCUCCACUGGUGGACUCUCAUCCCCGGAUAACACAUUAUGUGCAAAAAAUGAAAUGGUUGGAUCUUUACCAAAAGACACUGAUUAUAUUGUUAUAACAAAAAAUCAGAGCUUUGAUUCUGGGUCAUCAGAUAAAGUAUCUCAAGGUAUUGUAAUAAUUCAAAAUGAUCAUCCCUCUCUACAACCUGUUAAGGAGUCAGAAAAGGCAGAUUGUAUACAAAACAACAUAAUACCUGAACUGAAAGUUGAAGUAUUUAAUAGAAAUCAUAUUUCCAUAUCUUCCUUUGAAUCUGAGAAUCCUGAGUUGGUUAAAGUCUUAAUUAGCUCUUCAGAUGUUAACAAUGAAAAAACAUCUCCCAUCCUUGAAUGUGAAAAGACUGAUUCUUAUGAUUCCACUCUUACCUUUGAUUCUGAAAGUGGCAUCUUCGGAAAGUGGGAAGCUCCAAUUUUAAAGAAUAUGAGGCCUUGUACAGAACAUGAACAGGAUAAAAUUGUUCAUUCUACCAAACCUAAGGAAAUUAACCUAGUCCUCCAUAAUUUUGACACUGAAGAAAUUUACCAAGCUGAGAUUUCUCCAUCUGACUUAAAAUUUAAAGAUACACACCUUAUGACAAUGCCACAAAGUUAUCAUAGAUCCCCAAAUGAAACCCCACUUGUUUUUGAGAGUGGUAUGGUAGAGGAUUUCCUUUGUAGCCAUGACAGUAAAGUCAUCGGGUCAGUGACAUAUGAUAAUGAGGACGCAAUUUCUCUUGUUUCUCAUGAACCUGGAGACAUUGGUGACACUAAAAUAAUUUCUGAUAAAUCUGGAAUAGGGCUCAACUCCUCUAAUAUGUUGCCUAAAUCACAACAAGAAGACAGUACCUUACAGUUUAUGGCAAAAACCUCUUCUAAAUUAAAAGCCAAAAGUUCUCUUGAGGUUUCCUCUAUGCUUAGGUCAGAAGAAACAGCCUCAUUUGAAAGGCAUUAUGAAAAAAAUAAUUUAUUAGGUGACAGUUCUAAGAGUAUUUCAUCUUCCAUCGGUAAGCCUGAAGAAGCUACCAUGGAUAUGAAUUCAUCUAAACCCAAUGAUAAUUUUGAAAUUUUGAAAGCUGCUCCAGAUCUCACAUGUGAAGAUACAUCCUUAGUUAUGAUGAUAUCUGCUAACAGCCCUUGGGAAUUUGAAAAAGCUAACCAGGCAGUGACAAAAAUGACGUGCCAUAGAUAUGGCAGAGAUGUACCUAAGAUUCAUACGGGAAAGCUAGGGCUUAAUUAUCUAACUGCUGCUGUGCUGAAAAAUGCCAUAGAAGCUGAUGCUCAGACCGUUGCUAGUGCCACAGUGUCAGUUAACAGCUCAAGCCAACAGUGUUCUGAAGCCUCAGCUGAGGACACAGAAACCAGGAAAAGAGCACAUGACAAAUCUCUGGACUCCAACAGUGGUUUACUUAAAAAGGCUGAUAAGUUGGUUGGUGUAAGUUUGAGCUCUGACAGGCAAGAACUAAAGUCUCUGGAAAUAGGGGUUAACUACGCGGAGUGUAAUGCAGUUGCCCUGAAAGAAGAGGCCCCUGGAAUAAAAACAUCUGAAGAAAAAGUGAAGGCAUUGAUUCAGCUACCAGACCAUUUGGAUGAGUACAGUGUUGAAAAUGUGGCAGAAGACAAAAGAGAAGAAAAAGCCUGUGUUUUAACUACUGUUGGUGAGAGGAAUCUCCUUAUUGAUAUUGAUAAAAUGGAUGUGUCUGAUUUUUUAAUAAUCAAAGCAAAGGAAUUGGUCAGUGAGGUUAUUCAACGUGCCCAACAAAUUGUGAUAAAUGAUCAUUACAGAAAAACUAAGUCUAGGAGCCAUACCAGAGAUACUGAAAAGGCAAAUGCCUCAAAGAUUCUGAGCAGUGAUAUUAUACCACUUUAUGUGGAUAAAGAAUUCUCGGCCUUGGAGGAACCAGAAUGCCAAAGCAUAACUAAAGUUAGUGAAAACAAAGAAUCAGAAAGCCUUUUGGCUAAAAUUAAUUUCGAUAACAACACAAAUUCAGCUAAAGGAACAGAAAUAGUGCUGUACCCCAAAACCUCAUGUGCUGGAAAUGGAUUGGGGCAAUUUGAUAGUGCAGAGUUGCCAGAACCAGGUGUUUUACUAUCAGAGAACACAUCUCAUAAAGAUUUAGAUGACAACGGUCUGCCAUUAACCUGUAACAAAGAAGAAAGUAUAGGGGAAAGGGUACCAUCUCAAUUAGAAUGUAUGGGUAACCACAAAACUCAGACAGAAGAUACUGGAACAUUUGUUUUAAAUCUCAAAUGGACCCCUUUCAUUAAUGAUGAAGUUUAUACCCAUCUACCUAGUACAUCCAAAGGCAGUUUUUCUGAUAGUGUUGUAUGUAUUAAUGAAAAAUGCCUACCAGGACAUAGUAAUAAACCACUGCCCACAGCCAUGUUAGAUAUGGGAAAAGUUUACAGAAAAGAUGCUGAAUUAAACUUAGGCAAAAUUGAAAUGGAACCUUCCAUUUUAGAAAUGGGAACUGUAUUCAAGAAUAGUUCUGAAUUAAAUGUAGGGAAAAGUGAGCUGAUGCCCUCGUUGUUAGAAAUGGGAAAAGCAUACACAAUGCAUGCUGAAUUAAAUGCAGGAAAAAUUGAGCUGAUGCCUUCAAUCUUAGAAAUGGGAAAAUCAUAUAAAAGAAGUGGAUCAAAUCUUAUAAAUUUUGAAGGAACACCUGACAAUUUCAAAAUGGGAAAACCAUAUAAAGGGAACAGUGAUGAAAUGACACCUGUCAUGCUAGAAAUGGAAAAGGCAUUUCAAAAAGGUAUCGAAGGGAAUUUUGAAAAAGCUUCAGUGACAUCCCCCAAGUUAAAAAUAGAAAAAACAUGUAAAGAUGAUAUGAAUAUUACACAAGCUGACUUGGCAAUAACCAAUAUCUUAGGAACAGAAAAAAAAAGCCAAAAGAUUGUUGAAGGGAAUAUUAGGGAAAGUAAAGUGAUACCUGCUAUAUUUGAAGUGGGAAAAAUAUACCAAAUGAAUACCGAAGGGAAUUUGGGAAAAAUUGAAAUGAGACCUAUAGAAAUAACGAAAAAUGUGGCACCAGGUGACAACACUAAGUCACAUUUUGAGGAAUAUGAAUUACCUACAUUAAGUAAGGAUUGUAAAGUAAAUAUUGGUUUUAUGACACCAGAUUUUCUACCUGAAGAUUCCAAACUAAGGACAGAAAAGAAUCUAUAUAUGACUGCAGUGUAUGGGAAAGAAAGAAAUCUAGGUUAUGACUUUGCCAAUGAACAGCCACGUUUAGCUUUUAUACCACAAGAUGAACAAAGUAAUCCUUCUUUCACCAUUUUGUACGAAGAACCCCUUCAAGAUGAGGCUCAGUAUUUAUCUGCUGAAGAAGAGGGAGCACACUCCCUGCGGUUUCCUGAUGAGUCCACCAACAGUCUACAGCCUGUUUUGGUAUGUGAAAGGUCUGAAAGUAGAACUGACCUCGUGCAUCAUUUUGAAAAGGAGAGUAAAUCCAGUGAAAUGUUUGAUAGUGACAAUUCUGAAAUGUUCUUAUCAGUAGAGGCAAAAAGAUACAAAGUCUACCCUUUAGCCUUGUCUCCUAUUUAUGAAGAUGACAGCCCUCAGGAUGAUAUUCUAUCUAAUGAAGUCUCACCAGGUCACCGUGGAUCUAGUGCAAAGUCAAGAGAUGGUUCUGGUCAACCUUCUUCUGUGUUGUCACUUCUUCAAUCAGUGUCAGAGCGUUUAAGGAUGAAUUUUGAUGACGGAGAAAAACUUGAGACAGAAGAGGAAGAAAUGGUGGAUGAGGAUGAGGAGGGACUGCAACAUAAAGAGAAUAUUCUGAAAACUGGAAAGAGAGAACAUAUUACUUUUCAGCUUCCAGAUUCUUCAACUCUAAUUUAUGAAGGAGAGGACCAAGAAGGAACUAGAUCUUCCAAAAUGCCACUUUUUCUUUCAAAUGAAGCCACUACCUCUAAUCAGCAAACUGCCCUGUGGCAAGACAGGGCUUUACUUCACCAUGCAUCAGGUCCUUUUCUGCAAAAAUCUGACCUCAGUACUAAAUUGCAUUCAUCUUUCAAGAGUGCCUAUCAUCAGUAUUUGCAAACUACCAAAACCUUAUCACCUGAGAAAGGAGCGAAGUUUGGAAGUAUUCUUCAGGAGCCAGUCCCCAGAUUAAAUACUUAUCCAGAGAAUUCUUUUGAUAAGCAAAGCCUGAAAUGUAACCCCAGACCUGGAAAGAUGGUCAUCUAUGACCUUCAUGGAAGUAAAUAUAAACAGGAGAUUUACAAUGACAUUCUUGAUGCUGCCUCCUGGACCUUUCCAAAUGGAGCAUUCAUCAGAGUUGUAAGAGGAUGCUGGAUUUUAUAUGAGAAGCCGCAUUUCCAAGGUCAUAAAUGUGUUUUAGAAGAAGGAGAAAAAGUGCUCAAUCGUGACUGGAUUUUUCGGAGUAAAAAGCACCAAACGAGAAACUUUGUGAUUGGUUCUAUCAAGAGAGUAUUAAAGGAUUGUAGUGUUCCAGAAAUAGAGCUUUGCCCACAAUCUGAUGCAGCAUGUUGCCCUAUCUAUGUGCAAAAAUCAGUUGCCAAUUUAGAAGAACUGAAUUUACCAAGAUCAGUAUCAUUUGCUGUGAAGUCAGGAGUUUGGCUUGCCUACACAGAUGUUAAUUUUAAGGGACAAAUGACAAUUCUGGAAGAAGGCCAUGGACUCUUUGAGAUUUCAGCAUCUGAAAUUAAAUCACUGUAUUCACUUCAAAUGGGUGGAUUGAAGGUAGAAAUGCCCAUGAACUUAAAGGUGAUUAUAUAUGAUAAAACACAUUUCCUUGGACACGCCAAGGAGUUUAACGAACAUGUAGACUCUGUCCCAGAGCUUUUCAGAAAAGAGGAGAUUUUCUUUGGAAUUGCAUCAAUUCGUGUCAUUGGUGGAGUGUGGGUUGCCUAUGAAAAAGAACGUUUUAAAGGUCAACAGUAUCUACUUGAAGAGGGAGAAUAUGAAGACAUCAGUACCUGGCAGACAUUGACCAGCACUUUACUGUCUUUCCGGUAUUUACAAGCAAAUUUUAUAGAAUCUUCAGUCACACUAUUUGAGGAUACUGUAGAAAACUCAAAAUUUGUUAAUAUUAUUAAUCGAGAGGUUCCUGAUUUGGAAGAAGUCGGGUUUGGUAGUGAAACGAGAUGUAUUCAUGUUAAAAGUGGAGUUUGGGUUGGCUACCAGCAGCGGUUCUAUUGCGGUGAACAGUAUAUACUUGAGAAAGGGAAAUACAAGAGCUUUUUUGACUGGGGAGGAGCCAACAACCAAAUCCUGUCAAUUAGGCCUGUUAGACUGGAACCUCUUGGGAUAAAUGAGCCUCCAUAUUUGCUCAAAGCAUAUGAUCAACCAAAUUUCCAAGGAAAUUGUGUAGAUUUCACAGGUCAUAUUUCUGAUUUGACAGCCUUCACACCACAUUCAUUUAAGGUUCUUCGGGGAAGUUGGCUCAUGCAUUGCCAAGGGGAUUUCACAAGUAACCAGUGUGUGUUAGAAGAAGGACUCUAUGCUGACCUUACUUCCUGUGGCUGCUCUCCAGCUCAAGUCAAAUCUCUCAAGCCUAUUAAAUAUGUUUUUGAAGAGCCCUUCAUCAGUCUUUUUGCUUUGGAACACUGUGAAGGAAGAGAACUCUGUUUAGGAGAUGCAAUUAACUCAGUUCUAAACAAAGACUUCUACUUCUACACACAGUCAGUGUGGGUAAAAAGUGGACUGUGGAUUGCUUAUGAAGGGUCUAAUUUCCUGGGAAGACAAAUUUUGCUAGAGCCUAGCGAGAUUUCAAACUGGACAGCAUUCAGUGGUUGGAAAACAAUUGGUUCUCUCCGUCCAGUCAAACAGCCUUCAGUAUAUAUCAGAAUAAAGAACAGAGCCCAAGGUGAAUAUCUAACAAUCACUGGAAAUCUAGCUGAUAUGAGGACAACAUCAUUAUGUAUUUCUCCCUAUAAUGGAAAAAAUACCCAAGUGUGGCACUACUGUCGAGGACUCUUUAAAUCCAAGGCUAAUGAUACAUGUCUUGAUGUUAUUGGUGGAAAAGAGACAGCUGGAGCUAAAGUAGCUGUAUGGACUGAACAUGGGAGGCUUAGGCAAAAGUGGAAGAUGAACAAAAAUGGAACUAUCAGUUCUUACCUGAAUGACCAUCUUGUCCUUGACAUUAAAGGAGGAAGUUACUGUGAUAAGACCCAUAUAAUUAUAAACCAGCCUCUGGAGGGGGAACUUACACAGAAAUGGGACAUUGAAAUAUUGUGAAUAAAAUCACCAUCAUCACUAAGAGGAGCUAAGGAAGGUGGAACUGUUUGCCUCAUUGUCUUAAGCAUGUGAAAAAGGAAGCUACUGAAGUCACAGGCCACUGGAAAAUAAGCAGAUAAUGAACUUGUUUUCAUGUUUCUUUCAUCUGUUUAUGGACAUAGACUCCUAAACUAUUGCCUAAACCAGGAGAGGCCAGGUGGAGUUAAAACAUUUUUGCCAGUUUCUACAUAAGCCUAUAGAAAAUGCUUUUCUGUCACUAAGGUGACAGAUUACUUGGAUUCCUGUGAAUAUGCUCUCUUCUUUUUCAGCCCACCUUUCCUGUUUUGUGAUGAUGUUUCUUGAUGGGAAUUCUGGUUGGGAGCAUAGUGAAUACUAUGCAGCAUUCUAUACCAUUUUUCCCCAGAAAGCUAUCUGACACAAAUGAGCAAGUUGAAAAGUCAGCUUUGGCUAGCCAGGCUCAAAUUUACAUUGUUGCUAUAAAGGCUAGUGUUUUCAAA